CGUACCUGCCGAGGGGCCUCAGCUGGCUGCGAGGCUUGCCCUGCCCUUCCUUUCAGGGUUCAGGAUUCGAACGUGCGGAGCAUUCAGAGCUGUUCAAGUGCGGGGAUUGCAAGAUGGCUGGGCGAAAACUUGCCCUAAAAACUAUUGACUGGGUAGCUUUUGGGGAAAUAAUACCCCGAAACCAAAAGGCUAUUGCUAACUCCCUGAAAACGUGGAACGAGACCCUCACCUCCAGGUUGGCUGCACUACCUGAGACGCCGCCGGCUAUCGACUGGGCGUACUACAAGGCCAAUGUGGCCAAGGCGGGCUUGGUGGACGACUUCGAGAAGAAGUUUAAUGCCCUGAAGGUUCCUGUGCCGGAGGAUAAAUACACUGUCCAGGUGGACGCUGAAGAAAAGGAAGACGUGAAAAGCUGUGCUGAGUUUGUGUCCCUCUCAAAGGCCAGGAUUGAAGAAUAUCAGAAGCAGCUGGAGAAGAUGAAGAGCAUAAUUCCAUUUGAUCAGAUGACCAUCGAGGACUUGAAUGAAGUCUUCCCAGAAACCGCAUUAGACAAGAAGAAGUACCCCUAUUGGCCUCACCAGCCAAUUGAGAAUUUAUAAAAUUUUUGUGUCUGGAAGGAAGCUCUGGUCCUUGCCUUACAAGUUCUGGACAUUAAAAAUAAAAGUAAUGACAUAGA